GUGUUUAUGUCUGGUAUUACGGUACCUGGGCCAAGAAAAUAAUGCCACAAAGAAGUGAGGAGUCGGGCAGUUGAUAGUGGAUGGAUUCGUGGUAAUCGCCAUCCUCAUGAGUAAUAGGCCAUAAGCUCGAAGACACCGGCUUUUUGUUUUUAUUUUAAUGUAUUAUUCGUGAUAGUUAUGACGGAAAUGUUUUCAACUCUGUUCGGGCAAAAUGAAGCUCAGGGACCGCCCGGCUCGUCGUCUCUUGGUUUCGGAGCGGGGAAACCUCAGCCGCCUCUGCCGCAGAAUCAGGUCUCCAUGGUGGGGCAGCUGCCACCACAGCUCGGGGAUGAAGGGGCCGCUAUGCGAAAGCCUGCUGCCAUGAAUGAACCUUUCUACUUACUGCGGGAGCUUCCUGGUACGGUUUGAAGACUGGUGUAUUUUGAAUAUGUGUUUACCAUUUUGAGUGUAAAAUUUAACAUAGAGAUGAGCUGAUAGUUCUGGUUACCCAGCAGUUUGUUUACAAUGCUAGCUUACGUUAGCCUAUGAGAUAAGUACAUGCAAACACUAAGUACAGUACUAUCACCUUUCGUGUUGUACACUCAGUUGUUGUUGUUUUUUUUUUUUUGCUUGUAUUAUGAUACAUUACUUUUUUGUGAACGCUGUCCAAGUAAUUGUUAUGUAACUUGAAAAUAACAGUCUUAAACGGUCCUGGCCUGUUUUGAAGUGGUCAACUGGAUAUAUUUUAGUGAAUUACAAAGGAACACGAUGUUAAGUUUUUGUAAAGUUGUGAAUGAAAUGUAGUAUUUGUUUGUCGUGUUUUAAUAAUUGCUUGUGUUUAGUGGGGAACGAGUUAACGGGGAACACCAACCUCAUCACGCAUUACAACCUGGAGCACGCCUACAACAAAUUCUGUGGCAAGAAGGUGAAGGAGAAGCUCAGCAACUUUCUGCCAGAGUUACCAGGUUGGUAUCAUAUUACAAAAAAAUGAACGAAAAAUAUGACUUAAAAUAGGGAGCAAUGCUUAGCAGAGGACAUCUUCUCAGAGGUUACUGCAUUGGCUCUUUGUAAACCCAUUAUGGGAACCUAGUUCUCAUCUUCUGGGACCAAAACUUGUCAACUUUGCCCACUGUAGGCCGUUUAUGGUUUAGUGCCUUGUCUAAGUGUUUUACCAACACAAGUACAUAUAUGGAAGUAAAUAUGUGCCAUCUAAUUUUGAAUUUCUAAAGCUAUGUUGUUGUUUUUUUUUCAUCAAAAAUCAGACUGAAUUUCAAAACCAUCAAAUUUCAAGUACGCUUUUUUUAUUUCUGACACUAAUUUUUUUCACAAUGAUGGAAUAAAUUCAGUGUAAAAAAAAAAAGGUCUCUCAAAAAUACUUGUUUAGUAAAUAUUUGACUUAUAAAAACUGUGUAAAAAAUGAAAAAAUUAAAAACAUAAAAAAAUAUUCAGUGUAAAAUUAUUCAGUGUAAAAGAGACUGGCCCAAUCCCAAACCGCCCCCUACACACUUACCCUACACACUCCACUCCGUUUGCGCAGAGGCUCGGCCAUAUUGAAGGCCAUCCCAAACCACAGAGUGAGGAGAGCGAGUGGACCGUUCAUCCCUCAAAUAGCAAGUCUGCACUGAUGCUCAUUCGCGACAGGAUUUGCAGGUAGUGUGCCGGCAAAAGUGGAGGAGGAGGAAACGACAUACAAAUAUAAGUUCCACAUGUGUCCACCUUUGUCUUACUGACAAAAAAAAAUCACAAAAGACGUGGUCUGGAAAGAUCAAAUGUAACUCCGAAAUUGUACUCUUUGCUGAGGUUUGAUUUGAUUGUGCAGGCACAUGUCAAAUAGUAAAGGAGUUCAAAGACGUGUGGAAUCACUAACAACCGGAAGUAUAAUUUAGCUCCUGUCACUGUGGUGGUUGUUGGAUUUAUAAUUUUACUGGGAGGAUGAAGAAACGAGGCAGCCGGUGUGGUUCAUAACUGAACAUGAUGUCCAUUUACUAAGAAAAGAAACGCUGCCAAUGCACAGGACGCGUCUUUGUGUUGCUAUGGCAAUGAAUUUUUCCAUUUUCCGGUGGAAUGAGGAGGGCGUCCCAUACCCGCCCCUCUUGUUUAUACCCAUUUCAAUUGAGGCGCACUCCACAGCUGCGAGUGUAACUUUAUUAUGAGUGACACUUGGUAAUGAAGGGCGAGUGUGUAGGGGUCGGUUUGGGAUUGGGCCACUGACUCAACAUUCGGGUAACCAGCAAGAAGCAACCGAUUGGAUUCAAUCUUCCACUGGGGUCUGCGCCACAUGACCAAUCUAGCAUUAAUUGAUUGGCUGGACGAUGGAUGAUUGAGCCAGGAAUUGAUUACUUCUCCCUGGUAACCCGGAUGUUGAGUUGGUCUCUUUUACACUGAAUUUUUUUUGACACACUAACUAUUUGAUUUUUUUUUUUUUUUUUUUACAGUUUUUUUAAGUCCAAUUUUCACGACUAUUUCGAGAGACCUUUUUUUUCACACUGAAUUAUUUUAUCAUUGUGAAAAAAAAAUAGUGUCAGAAAUGAAAAUGCAUGCUUGAAAUUUGAUGGUUUUAAAAUUCAAAGUCUGAUUUUGAUGAAAAAAAAAUUCUGCUGUAGAAAUUCAAAUUCAAAAUCAGAUGGCACAGAUUUACUUCCAUUAACAUCUGCAGGUGUACCACAUCCAGAUGAUCUGCUGUGCUUUUCAGAAGCAGUGUUGCAGUAGUUUUGACCUCUUACUGGCUCCACACUUAAGUUGUAUCAGGCAUUGCCGUUCUGCUUUUGGAGCAGAUAUCCAAAGAACCUCACCAUGCCUACUUCCUGUAGAUGCUCAGAUACAUGGAGAAGAAUGUUAGACUGGGCUAUGAGUCCAUCGUUGUUCAGACUGGAGAACAUCAGCUUAAUGAAACUGUAUGGGGCUCACUCUCUUGCCCUCAUAUUGCUUGUGUUUUGAUCUGGUUCCUCAACUAUGCCAACAUUUUAUACUUAUUUUGUGCUGCAGGUAUGAUCGACUGUCCAGGCACUCAAGACGGCAGCUCGUUACGUUCGCUGAUCGAUAAGCCUCCUGUGUGUGGAAACUCCUUCAGCCCUUUGACCGGCGCUCUUCUCACAGGCUUCAGACUUCACACAGGACCGGUACGAACUAAUAACACAACACUCGUACAAACAAAGGAUGUAAAAAAAAGAACGUUGACACAGAUAAAUUCAUGCAGUAGCAGUAUCAUUGUAAACAAGUUAAACUAUCUUGGACUGUUAGGGCCUGGUACCCUUAAUUUUCUUGCUAUUUUUCAUUAAAGACUUACAUCCAUUCUUUUUUUUUGUUUGUUUUUCACAGCUUCCAGAACAGUACAGACUGAUGCACAUACAGCCUCCAAAGAAGAAGAGCAAACACAAGCACAAACACCACCGACCGCAGGAUCCAUUACCACAAGGUUCUUUAUUUACAGUUAAGAUGCAAACCUGAAAAGCAUUGUGAAAUAUUUUACAACCACUGACCUGCUUAAUUUUGAUCCUACAGAAACACCGUCAGACUCUGAUCCCAAGAAAAAGAAGAAAAAGAGGGAUGAUGAUCCUGACCGCAAGAAAAAAAAGAAAGACAAGAAAAAGAAGAAGGUGAGAAUAUCUACCAAGAUGAGCAAUAGGUCUAAGUGCAACUACAGGGAGAGAUGAUGAUAAUUAAAAAACCUUUACUCUGACUAAGUUUUAAGUAAGCUCCAACACACAAUAGUUACAUAAUGGCCAGAAGAGGGCGAAAAAGCUCCAUGUCUGCAGAAUAAAAUGUGACUUUCUUUUUUUAGAAAGUAACUGCCUGAUUCCCAACAUUUUCAUCAUUUAUCAGAUCCUUAGCAAAAUCAUCAUUCUUAAAAAAUUGUGUUUUUAGCUCCUGUUGUAUCUAAGACCAAUAUCCUCCACCCUUUUGACUCAAGUUUAAGCUCUCCUGAGUCUGAGAAACUAUCUUUAUUCACCAACUUGUUUCUCUCUGGUCAUCUGCUUUUUGAUGUUUUGAAGUGUUUGGGUUUGUUGUAGUUUUUCACUUUUGCCACUUAAAAAAAAAUCAAUUUUAUUAAUAGAGCACAGUGAGAUAAUUGUGUUUAUCGCAACCUUUUAAAUGAUUUUUACUAGUAACAGGAGGGAGAAAGAUGGGCCUGUAGUUACUACUUUUUGGUGGGUCAAGGUUUAUAAUUUUUAAGUAUGAGUGUAACUUUGGCAUGCGUUAAAAAAGUAGGAGAAAAAAUCAGACUACAGAGGGACAAUGAUUAUAUUAAGAAGAUGCUCAAAUAGGCAUUGAUGGAUACAACUGCUUGAUCACCUCCUCAAGAUCACCUCAGCACACAAGUUCAUAAUUACACAUAUUAGUUUGGGCAGAUCCAGGGGACCGGAGAAUUUAGGAGUGUCUUUUCAAGGCUGUGAAAUGUCAUUUCUUGUCUUAAAGAUCUUUUCUGUGAAGUGAGUAGUAAAGUGGAGAACAAAUAAUGAGUGUUAUUCCGAUUGUCGUUAAUCAUUAAUGAGAAAUCUUUUGAUUCUGUCUUGUAGCAGGUAAGAGUACUUUUAUAGAUGUCAUAAUAAAUCUAGAUCUUACAUUUUCACCAUUUAUGUUCAAUCUUUUGGCGAGCUCUUGAAAGCAUUCUUACUUUUUCUCCCCACUUCUCCAGGGCUUUUUUGUUUGUUGCUGUUAACCCUGGUCUUUAUAAUGAGUAAACAAGAAAAACGGUUCACUAUGGUGUACCUCAAGGAUCCAUAUUUGGCACUUUAUUGUUUCUGAUGUAGACCAAUGAAAUAAUAUCACUAUCAAAAACUAUAAUCCCUUUGCUUUGUGCAAAUGAUCUCAACCUUUUUGCUUCCAACAGGGACUUAGCAACUCUUAUUAGAGAAACAAAGACCUUUCCAGUUAUGCCGUUUGGAUUCAGUCAAACCAAAUGUUGGACAGAAAAUGUGAGAUUUGGUUUAGUUUAGUGGCUUUGUCAUAAUGAGCAACUCACUGAUUCAGUGCUGUAAAAUUUGAAUCAAUUGGCUGAACCACCAGGUUACAAAACGUUAAAGCACGGCGUGGUGUUCAUGGUUUAGUACAAAAAGGAAUUUUCUUUAAAAGAUGUUUUUUCAACUAGACACACGAGAUCUUGAGGCACUUUGAUAUCCUCCUGAUUCAUGAACACAUUAUCUGUACUCUCAGUUCUUCACUGUUUCAGGCUUGUGGUUGGUUCUGCAUUCACAAACUCAAGCAGAGGGAUGUCUAUUACACAUGUGAAGUUUAAAGUAAUGACUUCUCUCUUUCUCUUUCCCCAGAACCGUCACAGUCCCGACCAUCCCGGCCUUGCUGGAUCACAACCCAACAGCAACAGCCUCAGAUAGACAGGAGCCCACUGUGUGCACACCUGUGUUUGAAUGUGAGUGUGUGUCUGUACAUUUUGUAAGAGGAUGUAUGUGUGUUUUCCAGAUAAUUGUAUUAUUGGCAGUAUGUUUUGAUAGGAGAGGGGUUAGAAGACAUGAUGCAAAAGGAUGUAUGAUAUGCGUGAGAGGAGUAAGGACUCAGUGGAUGUGUGAGGAUGUCAGAAAUGUUACAGAAUAGUGUAAAAGGCAGAGAGCUGCUGUUGAACUGAAUGAUGUUAGGAACGACUGAGCAGACACUGUAUGUAUGUCCCUCUUUGACUCUGUUGUGAUAACUUUUGACCAUAAUGCCAAAAUCAAAUAAACUUUGGUAAUUAUUCUU